AGCGCGCCGCUCGCAGUGUGCAGCAGAGGAGGACAGGUGGAGAAGGCACGGCUCUGCUGUGCGCUGUGUCCGGCUCCCUGGCUGCCGUUUCCAGAUCACAAUGAGCCUUUACGGGUCAAACCAGGCGCUCAACUCGGGCCGGAGGGCCAGCUCGAAGAGCAACCUCGCUGGCGGGAUGACCUACCAUUACGCGCGGAGCGAUGUGGCGCACGGAGGCGGUAAUGGAGUCGAGCCCAUAGUGGAAGGAUUUAACAGAUCGGCGACGUUUUCGAGGGCGACGACGUCGAAGGGUAGCAGGAUGAUGAGCAACACCAUGGGGAGCGCCACGAUGGGUGGAAUGAGUGGCUUCAUGCCCAACCCCUCGAGAGCCGUACAGCUGCAGACUCUCUGCAAGGAGUACCUGCAGAAGGCAGACUACGCCAUUCAGGCCGGCUCUGGUGAUGCAGAGGAAUACAUGGUGAUGGCAAAAGAUGCUAUUGAGAGGUUAAAAGCCUUUGCAAUGGAGAUGAAUCAAAUGGGACAACCCACUGACAAUGUAGUCAGGAGCGUGGAGCACUACCAAGACCAGCUGAGAGGGGUCCACAUGGCCAUAUCUGGCACCUCGAUGAGGAGGAGGAGCACUAGAAAGAGCUCUGGAGGCUGGGAAGAGGCUGGAAGGAGCUUCCAUGAUGCUAUUGCUUGGAUCCGUCAGCAAAAGCGUUUGAUUGAAACAACUGCUUUGGCCGACGACCCUCCAUCCAUUGAACAGCAGCUCAUUCACCACCAGAGGUUUCACGGGUCCCUGCAGGGGUCGCCUGAGAUGAUCCGAGCCCGCGAAGACCUGAAAAAGAGUCGAGACAAAGCCAGCCAGCAUGCCCUUGAGCAGGAGUGGGAGAAUUUACAGAAAAUGUCAAAUUUGUGGACUGAGCAGCUGCAAGAGCUGAUCCAAAUACUUCACCAGAUAACCAAUGAGAUUAUAUGGGUGAACGGUAAAGAGGAAGAUGAGCUGAUGUUUGAUUGGGGGGACAAAAAUGUGGAACAGUACAUCCCCAAGAAGCAGGAGAGCUACUCGAAACUGAUGAGUGCCUUGGAGGUGAAAGAGAAGGAGCUGCAUAAACUUAAGGCUAAAGUGAAAACGCUUCUGAACAACAACCACCCAGGAUCUGACAAGAUUGAGGCUUACAUGGACACUUUGCAGACUCAGUGGAGCUGGCUUCUUCAAAUAACAAAAUGCAUUGAUACCCAUCUGAAGGAGAAUGCGGCGUACAGCCAGUUCUUCAGAGAGGCUAACGACACAUACAAGAAUUUGCAAAAGGAACAUGAAACAAUCCGAAAGAAAUUCACUUGUGACAGGAACACCCCGCUGGAAGACCUUCAGGAGCUCCUUAAAGGCCUGGAGAUGGAGAGGAACAACAUCAUGGACAACAAGCGGCAGGUGAAACACUUGACUGCCAAGUCAAAGAGUAUUGUGAGGUUGAAACCCCGAAAUCCAGAGGAGAGGAACAGCAGUGGCAUCAUCGUUAAGGCUCUGACUGACUUCAGAGAAGACCAGAAAGCUAUCCUUAAAGACAACGAGGCCAUCCUGAAAGACAACAGUCAGCGCAGUAAAUGGUUGGUAACCGGUCCAGGAGGGAUCGACAUGUUGGUUCCCUCUGUGUGCCUGAUUGUACCACCUCCUAAUCCACUGAGCAUCAGCCUCGCCAACAAGAACGAGCAGUAUUUCGAUUCCAUCAUGUCCAUCUGGAAUCAGCUGUACAUCAACGUUAAGAGUCUCAUCUCCUGGCACUACUGCCUCAGAGAAAUCAAUUACAUCAACUCCCUCACCAUCUCUAUGUUGUCCGAGAUGCGUCCUGAGGAGUACCGUCAAAUCAUGAAGAAGCUGGAGACCUUCUAUGAGGAGUUCAAAAUUAGCAGCCAUGGCUCAGAGAUGUUUGUUGAUGAAGACAAGAAGACCAUCGAGAACCAGGUUACUGUGGCCCAGGCCCACUAUGACAAGCUAGUGGUAGAGCUGCCCACAUACACUGGACAUCAGGAACAAAUAGAAGUACAGCAAAUACCUGAGCAACAAGUUCAGCCACAGCUGAUCAUAAUACAACAACAACCCCAACAUCAACUGUUACUACUUCAACAACAGGAACAGCAGCGACAGCAACAAGUACUUCUGCUACAACAGCAGCAAGAAAAACAACAACAACUACUUCUACUACAACAGCAGCAGCAAGAAAAACAGCAACAACUACUACUGCAACAGCAGCAGCAAGAAAAACAGCAACAACUACUACUGCAACAGCAGGAGCAAGAAAAACAGCAACAAUUACUACUACAACAGCAACAAGCUGCAGCAGAGGAGGAGGCCAGAAGGCUGGAGGAAGAGAGACGUCAAGCAGAGCUUAAAAGACAGGCAAAGAAAGAAGUGGCAGAGAAGGAGCAUGUGAUCAAGAAGGAUGUGGUGAAAGUAACAAAAACAGAGCAAAGAAGAAAAGUUUCCUCCUCCUCUUCUACAUUCGUCUCGGCAUCUCGUCUUUUAUCUGAGCUGCAUGGCCUCAGACUGAGGAUGGACACUGCUGAGGGAUCACUCAGUCAGUAUGUUCACAUUUGCUUUGGAGAUGAGGGGGCUAAAGACUGUGGUCUGAAGAUCACUCAGCUAGAGUCAAUACAGGAUGAUGUUUCCUCAAUGCGUGAAGAGUAUACACAUUUAAGAGAGCGUAUCUUGAAGGAGAUGGAAACCACUAACGAUUUAGAUAAAGCACAGUUCCUCCGCAAUGAGGUCGCAGUGAUGAGCCAGAAACUGGGCAAUCUGGAGAGCAGCUCAUCUGCUUAUGUACUAAGGUUGCGGGCUCUAAGGGACAUGCUGGAGAGCGUAGCACGAGCUGAAGACAUUGUCAAAGUUCAUGAAGCAAGACUGACAGAAAAAGAGACCACUUCUCUAUCUCCAGCUGAAGUCGGUGAAUACAUAGAGGCCCUGAAGAAUAUGAAAGCAGAGCUGAUGCAGAAACAAGAUGUUCUGACCUCUAUGGAGUCAGAGCUGUCUAAGGCGAGCCACUGGAACAGUCAGAUGGGUGGCUCCUUCCAUAGGUGUGACCUGAUGUUGUCAAAGUUCACAGAGCAGGUGGGCUUGCUCUCUGACCGCUGGAGACGAAUCCAGAAACAGAUUGACACCAGGCUGCAGGAUUUGCAGCUGUAUUUGCCUCAAUUGCAGCAGUACAAGCAAGUCUACACUUCUAUCACUGAAUGGAUAGAGGCGACGCGUAGAAAACAGGAUGCACUACAGGCAACCAAGAUAGAGAACGUUCAAGCAGUAAAAGACCACAUUACCAACCAAAAGGUCCUGAACACAGAAAUUAAGGCAAAGCGUGAGACACUAGACAGUGUACUGCAAAACAUACACACAUGUGUGAAUACUAUCAAGGACUAUGAAACAGACCUCGCCUCUUACACCUCUGGGUUGGAAACAUUGCUCAACGUCCCCAUCAAGAGGACAAUGCUUCAGUCACCAUCGAUGGAUCUUAACAAAGAGGCAAUACAUCUUCAAACUCGUUACACGGAGCUGCUUAUUCUGUCUGGUGACUACUACAAAUUCCUGGGGCAGUUGGAAAAAAACAUGGAGGAGCUUAAGAUGCGAAACACCCAGAUAAAUAUGCUUGGAGAUCAACUUCACUCUCUGAGAGAAGAAAUGGAAGCACGCAAUGCCAAAAACAAAUCACUGGAAGAGGCUGUUGCUCAAUUCAAGCUACAGCUGUCCCAAUCGCAAGAGCAGUUGCUGUCAGUGGAAGAGAUAAAGCAAAAAACUGUGAUACAGUGCAGUGCCACCAAGGACAGCUUAGAUUCCACUCAGGGCGAGCUGGCUACGCUCAAAAGUGAGGUUCAACGCCUUGAGUACAAACUUGAUGACGAGAGAAGGAAGGCAAAACUGACUGAGGAGGGCUACGACAGGCAGAAAAACGAAUGGGAGUCUGUACUGAACCAGAGGCAGAAAGAGCUGGACACAGUCUGCAGGUCCAAGAAGGAUAUGGAAGACAGUUUAGCAAAUAAGGAACAUGAGAUUGAGCAGCUGCGCCAGAAGCUGGCUAAUGAAUCAACAAGGUUGAUGGAUCUUCAAAAAGAGAUGUCAAAGACACAAACAUCGUUACAGUCCCUUCAGUCCAAGUACAGUGAGAUUGUAAGUGAAAAAGAUUCUUUGUCGCUUAAAUUGCAACGGUUUGAAUUUGACAAAGAGCAAAUGCUAAGACUACAGGAAGAAGUGAACCACAUGAAACAUUCCCACGAGUUAGAGCUUCGGAACAAGCAACGUCUACAAGACGACAUUGAGAGAGGCAAGAGAGAUUUGAAUUUUUGGAAGGAUCAAUGUGAUAGCAAACAAAGUUUGAUAAGGCAGUAUGAUACUGACAAGGAUAUUCUCGAGAGGGAUAAGAAAUCCUUAAAAAGUGAGAUAGAGAGGUUGAUGAAAGAACACAGGGAACUUGAGGAAAAAAAUAAGAGUAGACUAUCAGUCCUCCAAAAACAACUGCAAGAUGGGACAAUUGUUAGACAGACCAUGGAGACUGAGCUAAAGCAAACUAGAGAGCCUCCAAUCCCAGAUGCCUCCUCUGUGGUUUUUGAUGGAGUCCGCAAGACAGUCACUGCAAAACAAUUACUUGACUCUGGAGUUUUAGACAAACCAACAUAUAACCAGCUUCUGAAGGGACAUAAGACAGUUCCAGAAGUGUCUGCUGAGAAAAAAGUCCCUCUUAAAGGCACAGGGCCAAUAGCUGGGGUGAUAAUUGAAAGUCCAAAAGGUCCAGGGUCUAGCAAUAAGCCAAUUUGCAAACUAACAUUUAGUGAAGCCAAAAAAGAAAAUCUUCUUCCACCAGAUAGCAUCGACUUACUUCUUGAUGCACAAGCUGCUACAGGGCACAUCAUUGACCCAAGAACCAAUCAGAAGUUAACAGUGAAAGAAGCAUAUAAUCAAGGAGUUAUUGAUGAUGAGGACAAAGAGAGGUUACUUGCAGCAGAAGCGGCAGCUGUUGGAUAUGCUGGGCCUGGCAAAAACAAACCACUGUCAGUGUUUCAGGCAAUGAAACAGGGAGUUAUUGACAAAAAUACAGCACUGCGUCUGUUACAAGCCCAGGAGUCUGUUGGGGGGAUUUUGGAUCCUAUACUUAGUGUGUUCCUCCCUAGAGACAUUGCCACUGAGCGUAACCUCAUUGAUGAAAGCAUGUGUAAUGCUCUGAAUCAGAGGCCGGAGCUCUAUCUAGACCCAGAAACUGAAGAAGGUGUGACCUAUAUGGCAAUGAAAAGGAGAUGUAAAAUAGAGCCACAUACAGGUCUUUGUCUUCUCCCUAUUCCUGAGAAAGUGGAUCCUUCUAACCUUGUAUUUGAUGGCGUUCGGAAACCUGUUACUGCCAAGCAUCUGUUUGAUUGUCAUGUUCUUGACAAGCCAACAUUUAAAGCUCUUGAAAAUGGAAAGAAAACUGUACCUGAGGUUUCUGAAGACAAAACUGUUAAUUUAAAGGGCACUGGGCCAAUAGCAGGUGUUAUAGUAAGCGGUCAGCGUAAAAUGUCUCUAACUGAAGCAAAAAAACAAAUGCUACUGUCUGAUGAAUGCGCAGAUUUGCUACUUGAAGCACAGGCUGCUACUGGUCACAUAAUUGACCCAAAAGCCAACAAAAAGUUGACUGUUGAAGAGGCUUAUUCAAAAGGAGUAGUGGACAUUAAUGACCUGGACAGAUUAUUGGCAUCAGAAGCUGCAGCAAUUGGUUAUAAGGAUCCUAAUAAACCCAAACCUAUUUCAGUUUUUCAGGCCAUGACAAAGGGACUUAUAGAUGAAAAGACUGGAAUACGACUUCUGCAGGCUCAAGAGUCAGUUGGAGGAAUCCUAGAUCCUAAUUUUAGUGUCUUCCUACCAAGAGACACAGCUAUUAAACGCAAUCUUUUAGAUAAGAAUCUUUGUCAAGCUCUAAACCAGAAACCUGGAUAUUAUGUUGACCCUGAAACAGAGCAACAGGUCAGCUAUCAAGCACUGAAAAAUAUUUGCAAGAUAGAACCACAUACAGGUUUGUUACUUUUACCUAUCCCUGAAAAGUUAGAUCCUUCAAAACUGAUCUUUGAUGGUGUAAGAAAACCUGUAACAGCAAAGCAGUUAUUUGAUUGUGGGGUACUGGACAAACCAACUCUGAACAAACUAAUGAAGGGAGACAAAACUGUUCCAGAGGUAUCUGUGGAUAAAAGGAUAUCCCUAAAAGGAAAAGGAUCCAUUGCUGGUGUCACAAUUGGGUCUUUAGGAAAAAUGCAUGUUUCAGGGGCAAAGAAACGGAUGCUUAUGUCCCCAGAGAGUGCAGAUUUUAUUCUGGAAGCCCAGGCAGCCACAGGUCACAUCAUUGACCCAAUGACCAAUCAGAAAUUGACAGUAGAAGAGGCUUGUGCAAGGGGAGUGGUGGACAGAAGUGAUCAAGACAAACUCUUAGCCGCAGAAGCUGCUGCUGUUGGAUUCAAGGAUCCUCACACUGGAAAAUCUCUAUCUGUGUUUGAGGCGAUGAAGAAGUCAUUAAUUGACAAAAAGACAGGAGUACGUUUGCUGCAGGCCCAAGAAUCUGCAGGGGGUAUUCUUGAUCCAAAUCUAAGUGUUUUCCUGCCAAAAGACACAGCCAUAAAACGCAACCUUUUGGAUGAAGAGCUCUGUCAUGACCUUAACCAGAAUCCCAAGCAUUACCUUGAUCCAGACACAGAGUGGGAUGCUACUUACAGUGAUUUAAAGACAAAAUGUAAAACAGACCCACAAACUAAUCUGCUACUUCUGCCACUUACCGAGAGGAAAGAUCCCUCCAAACUGAUGUUUGAUGGUGUUCGCAAACCAGUCUCUGCUCGACAAUUGUUGGAAUGUGGUGUCCUUGACAAACCAACAUUUAACAAGUUGAUCAAAGGGGAGAAAACUGUCCCAGAAGUUUCUUUAGAUAAAAAGAUAUCACUAAAAGGAACAGGAUCCAUUGCUGGUGUCAAAGUUGGAUCUUCAGAAAAAAUUUCAAUUUCAGAAGCAAAGAAACAGAUGCUAAUGACCCCAGAGAGUGCAGAUUUGCUUCUGGAAGCCCAGGCUGCCACAGGUCACAUCAUUGACCCAAUGACCAAUCAGAAAUUGACAGUAGAAGAGGCUUGUGCAAGGGGAGUGGUGGACAGAAGUGAUCAAGACAAACUCUUAGCCGCAGAAGCUGCAGCUGUUGGAUAUAAGGAUCCUUACACUGGAAAAUCUCUAUCAGUGUUUGAGGCGAUGGAGAAGGCAAUAAUUGACAGAAAGACAGGAGUGCGUUUGCUGCAGGCCCAAGAAUCUGCAGGGGGCAUUCUUGAUCCAAAUCUCAGUGUUUUCCUGCCAAAAGACACAGCCAAGAUGCGCAACCUUUUGGAUGAAGAGCUCUGUCGUGCCCUUAACCUGAACCCCAAGCAUUACAUUGAUCCAGACAUAGAGCGGGAUGCUACUUACAAUGAUUUAAAGACAAAAUGUAAAACAGAGCCACAAACCGGUCUGCUGCUUCUGCCACUUACUGAGAGGAAAGAUCCCUCCAAACUGAUGUUUGAUGGUGUUCGCAAACCAGUCUCUGCUCGACAAUUGUUGGAAUGUAAUGUUCUUGAAAAACCAACAUUUAACAAGUUGAUCAAAGGGGAAAAAACUGUCCCAGAGGUUUCUUUAGAUAAAAAGAUAUCUCUAAAGGGAAUAGGAUCCAUUGCUGGUGUCAUGGUUGGAUCUUCAGAAAAAAUGUCUAUUUCAGAGGCAAAGAAACGGAUGCUAAUUAGCCCAGAGAGUGCAGAUUUGCUUCUGGAAGCCCAGGCAGCCACAGGUCACAUCAUUGACCCAAUGACCAAUCAGAAAUUGACAGUAGAAGAGGCUUGUGCAAGGGGAGUGGUGGACAGAAGUGAUCAAGACAAACUCUUAGCCGCAGAAGCUGCAGCUGUUGGAUAUAAGGAUCCUUACACUGGAAAAUCUCUAUCAGUGUUUGAGGCGAUGGAGAAGGCAAUAAUUGACAGAAAGACAGGAGUGCGUUUGCUGCAGGCCCAGGAAUCUGCAGGGGGUAUUCUUGAUCCAAAUCUCAGUGUUUUCCUGCCAAAAGACACAGCCAAGAUGCGCAACCUUUUGGAUGAAGAGCUCUGUCGUGCCCUUAACCUGAACCCCAAGCAUUACAUUGAUCCAGACACAGAGCGGGAUGCUACUUACAAUGAUUUAAAGACAAAAUGUAAAACAGAGCCACAAACCGGUCUGCUGCUUCUGCCACUUACUGAGAGGAAAGAUCCCUCCAAGCUGAUGUUUGAUGGCGUACGCAAGCCAGUCUCUGCACAGCAAUUAUUAGAAUGUGGUGUCCUUGACAAACCAACAUUUAACAAGUUGAUCAAAGGGGAGAAAACUGUCCCAGAAGUUUCUGUAGAUAAAAAGAUAUCUCUAAAAGGAACAGGACCCAUUUCUGGUGUCAAAGUUGGAUCUUCAGAAAAAAUGUCCAUUUCUGAGGCAAAGAAACGGAUGCUACUGCCCCCAGAGAGUGCAGAUUUGCUUCUGGAAGCCCAGGCUGCCACAGGUCACAUCAUUGACCCAAUGACCAAUCAGAAAUUGACAGUAGAAGAGGCUUGUGCAAGGGGAGUGGUGGACAGAAACGAUAAAGACAAACUCUUAGCAGCUGAAGCUGCAGCUGUUGGCUAUAAGGAUCCUCACACUGGAAAAUCUCUAUCAGUGUUUGAGGCGAUGAAGAAGGCAUUAAUUGACAAAAAGACAGGAGUGCGUUUGUUGCAGGCCCAGGAAUCUGCAGGGGGUAUUCUUGAUCCAAAUCUCAGUGUUUUCCUGCCAAAAGACACAGCCAAGAUGCGCAACCUUUUGGAUGAAGAGCUCUGUCGUGCCCUUAACCUGAACCCCAAGCAUUACAUUGAUCCAGACACAGAGCGGGAUGCUACUUACAAUGAUUUAAAGACAAAAUGUAAAACAGAGCCACAAACCGGUCUGCUGCUUCUGCCACUUACUGAGAGGAAAGAUCCCUCCAAGCUGAUGUUUGAUGGCGUACGCAAGCCAGUCUCUGCACAGCAAUUAUUAGAAUGUGGUGUCCUUGACAAACCAACAUUUCACAAGUUGAUCAAAGGGGAGAAAACUGUCCCAGAAGUUUCUGUAGAUAAAAAGAUAUCUCUAAAAGGAACAGGACCCAUUGCUGGUGUCAAAGUUGGAUCUUCAGAAAAAAUGUCCAUUUCUGAGGCAAAGAAACGGAUGCUACUGCCCCCAGAGAGUGCAGAUUUGCUUCUGGAAGCCCAGGCUGCCACAGGUCACAUCAUUGACCCAAUGACCAAUCAGAAAUUGACAGUAGAAGAGGCUUGUGCAAGGGGAGUGGUGGACAGAAACGAUAAAGACAAACUCUUAGCAGCUGAAGCUGCAGCUGUUGGCUAUAAGGAUCCUCACACUGGAAAAUCUCUAUCAGUGUUUGAGGCGAUGAAGAAGGCAUUAAUUGACAAAAAGACAGGAGUGCGUUUGUUGCAGGCCCAGGAAUCUGCAGGGGGUAUUCUUGAUCCAAAUCUCAGUGUUUUCCUGCCAAAAGACACAGCCAAGAUGCGCAACCUUUUGGAUGAAGAGCUCUGUCGUGCCCUUAACCUGAACCCCAAGCAUUACAUUGAUCCAGACACAGAGCGGGAUGCUACUUACAAUGAUUUAAAGACAAAAUGUAAAACAGAGCCACAAACCGGUCUGCUGCUUCUGCCACUUACUGAGAGGAAAGAUCCCUCCAAGCUGAUGUUUGAUGGCGUACGCAAGCCAGUCUCUGCACAGCAAUUAUUAGAAUGUGGUGUCCUUGACAAACCAACAUUUAACAAGUUGAUCAAAGGGGAGAAAACUGUCCCAGAAGUUUCUGUAGAUAAAAAGAUAUCUCUAAAAGGAACAGGACCCAUUGCUGGUGUCAAAGUUGGAUCUUCAGAAAAAAUGUCCAUUUCUGAGGCAAAGAAACGGAUGCUACUGCCCCCAGAGAGUGCAGAUUUGCUUCUGGAAGCCCAGGCUGCCACAGGUCACAUCAUUGACCCAAUGACCAAUCAGAAAUUGACAGUAGAAGAGGCUUGUGCAAGGGGAGUGGUGGACAGAAACGAUAAAGACAAACUCUUAGCAGCUGAAGCUGCAGCUGUUGGCUAUAAGGAUCCUCACACUGGAAAAUCUCUAUCAGUGUUUGAGGCGAUGAAGAAGGCAUUAAUUGACAAAAAGACAGGAGUGCGUUUGUUGCAGGCCCAGGAAUCUGCAGGGGGUAUUCUUGAUCCAAAUCUCAGUGUUUUCCUGCCAAAAGACACAGCCAAGAUGCGCAACCUUUUGGAUGAAGAGCUCUGUCGUGCCCUUAACCUGAACCCCAAGCAUUACAUUGAUCCAGACACAGAGCGGGAUGCUACUUACAAUGAUUUAAAGACAAAAUGUAAAACAGAGCCACAAACCGGUCUGCUGCUUCUGCCACUUACUAAGAGGAAAGAUCCCUCCAAGCUGAUGUUUGAUGGCGUACGCAAGCCAGUCUCUGCACAGCAAUUAUUAGAAUGUGGUGUCCUUGACAAACCAACAUUUAACAAGUUGAUCAAAGGGGAGAAAACUGUCCCAGAAGUUUCUGUAGAUAAAAAGAUAUCUCUAAAAGGAACAGGACCCAUUGCUGGUGUCAAAGUUGGAUCUUCAGAAAAAAUGUCCAUUUCUGAGGCAAAGAAACGGAUGCUACUGCCCCCAGAGAGUGCAGAUUUGCUUCUGGAAGCCCAGGCUGCCACAGGUCACAUCAUUGACCCAAUGACCAAUCAGAAAUUGACAGUAGAAGAGGCUUGUGCAAGGGGAGUGGUGGACAGAAACGAUAAAGACAAACUCUUAGCAGCUGAAGCUGCAGCUGUUGGCUAUAAGGAUCCUCACACUGGAAAAUCUCUAUCAGUGUUUGAGGCGAUGAAGAAGGCAUUAAUUGACAAAAAGACAGGAGUGCGUUUGUUGCAGGCCCAGGAAUCUGCAGGGGGUAUUCUUGAUCCAAAUCUCAGUGUUUUCCUGCCAAAAGACACAGCCAAGAUGCGCAACCUUUUGGAUGAAGAGCUCUGUCGUGCCCUUAACCUGAAUCCCAAGCAUUACAUUGAUCCAGACACAGAGCGGGAUACUACUUACACUGAUUUAAAGACAAAAUGUAAAACAGAGCCACAAACCGGUCUGCUGCUUCUGCCACUUACUGAGAGGAAAGAUCCCUCCAAACUGAUGUUUGAUGGCGUUCGCAAGCCAGUCUCUGCACAGCAAUUAUUAGAAUGUGGUGUCCUUGACAAACCAACAUUUAACAAGUUGAUCAAAGGGGAGAAAACUGUCCCAGAAGUUUCUGUAGAUAAAAAGAUAUCUCUAAAAGGAACAGGACCCAUUGCUGGUGUCAAAGUUGGAUCUUCAGAAAAGAUGUCCAUUUCUGAGGCAAAGAAACGGAUGCUACUGCCCCCAGAGAGUGCAGAUUUACUUCUGGAAGCCCAGGCUGCCACAGGUCACAUCAUUGACCCAAUGACCAAUCAGAUAUUGACAGUAGAAGAGGCUUGUGCAAGGGGAGCGGUGGACAGAAGCGAUAAAGACAAACUCUUAGCAGCUGAAGCUGCAGCUGUUGGCUAUAAGGAUCCUCACACUGGAAAAUCUCUAUCAGUGUUUGAGGCGAUGAAGAAGGCAUUAAUUGACAAAAAGACAGGAGUGCGUUUGUUGCAGGCCCAGGAAUCUGCAGGGGGUAUUCUUGAUCCAAAUCUCAGUGUUUUCCUGCCAAAAGACACAGCCAAGAUGCGCAACCUUUUGGAUGAAGAGCUCUGUCGUGCCCUUAACCUGAACCCCAAGCAUUACAUUGAUCCAGACACAGAGCGGGAUGCUACUUACAAUGAUUUAAAGACAAAAUGUAAAACAGAGCCACAAACCGGUCUGCUGCUUCUGCCACUUACUGAGAGAAAAGAUCCCUCCAAACUGAUGUUUGAUGGCGUUCGCAAGCCAGUCUCUGCACAGCAAUUAUUAGAAUGUGGUGUCCUUGACAAACCAACAUUUAACAAGUUGAUCAAAGGGGAGAAAACUGUCCCAGAAGUUUCUGUAGAUAAAAAGAUAUCUCUAAAAGGAACAGGACCCAUUGCUGGUGUCAUGGUUGGAUCUUCAGAAAAAAUGUCCCUUUCUGAGGCAAAGAAACGGAUGCUACUGCCCCCAGAGAGUGCAGAUUUGCUUCUGGAAGCCCAGGCUGCCACAGGUCACAUCAUUGACCCAAUGACCAAUCAGAAAUUGACAGUAGAAGAGGCUUGUGCAAGGGGAGUGGUGGACACAAGCGAUAAAGACAAACUCUUAGCAGCUGAAGCUGCAGCUGUUGGCUAUAAGGAUCCUCACACUGGAAAAUCUCUAUCAGUGUUUGAGGCGAUGAAGAAGGCAUUAAUUGACAAAAAGACAGGAGUGCGUUUGUUGCAGGCCCAGGAAUCUGCAGGGGGUAUUCUUGAUCCAAAUCUCAGUGUUUUCCUGCCAAAAGACACAGCCAAGAUGCGCAACCUUUUGGAUGAAGAGCUCUGUCGUGCCCUUAACCUGAACCCCAAGCAUUACAUUGAUCCAGACACAGAGCGGGAUGCUACUUACAAUGAUUUAAAGACAAAAUGUAAAACAGAGCCACAAACCGGUCUGCUGCUUCUGCCACUUACUAAGAGGAAAGAUCCCUCCAAGCUGAUGUUUGAUGGCGUACGCAAGCCAGUCUCUGCACAGCAAUUAUUAGAAUGUGGUGUCCUUGACAAACCAACAUUUAACAAGUUGAUCAAAGGGGAGAAAACUGUCCCAGAAGUUUCUGUAGAUAAAAAGAUAUCUCUAAAAGGAACAGGACCCAUUGCUGGUGUCAAAGUUGGAUCUUCAGAAAAAAUGUCCAUUUCUGAGGCAAAGAAACGGAUGCUACUGCCCCCAGAGAGUGCAGAUUUGCUUCUGGAAGCCCAGGCUGCCACAGGUCACAUCAUUGACCCAAUGACCAAUCAGAAAUUGACAGUAGAAGAGGCUUGUGCAAGGGGAGUGGUGGACAGAAACGAUAAAGACAAACUCUUAGCAGCUGAAGCUGCAGCUGUUGGCUAUAAGGAUCCUCACACUGGAAAAUCUCUAUCAGUGUUUGAGGCGAUGAAGAAGGCAUUAAUUGACAAAAAGACAGGAGUGCGUUUGUUGCAGGCCCAGGAAUCUGCAGGGGGUAUUCUUGAUCCAAAUCUCAGUGUUUUCCUGCCAAAAGACACAGCCAAGAUGCGCAACCUUUUGGAUGAAGAGCUCUGUCGUGCCCUUAACCUGAAUCCCAAGCAUUACAUUGAUCCAGACACAGAGCGGGAUACUACUUACACUGAUUUAAAGACAAAAUGUAAAACAGAGCCACAAACCGGUCUGCUGCUUCUGCCACUUACUGAGAGGAAAGAUCCCUCCAAACUGAUGUUUGAUGGCGUUCGCAAGCCAGUCUCUGCACAGCAAUUAUUAGAAUGUGGUGUCCUUGACAAACCAACAUUUAACAAGUUGAUCAAAGGGGAGAAAACUGUCCCAGAAGUUUCUGUAGAUAAAAAGAUAUCUCUAAAAGGAACAGGACCCAUUGCUGGUGUCAAAGUUGGAUCUUCAGAAAAGAUGUCCAUUUCUGAGGCAAAGAAACGGAUGCUACUGCCCCCAGAGAGUGCAGAUUUACUUCUGGAAGCCCAGGCUGCCACAGGUCACAUCAUUGACCCAAUGACCAAUCAGAUAUUGACAGUAGAAGAGGCUUGUGCAAGGGGAGCGGUGGACAGAAGCGAUAAAGACAAACUCUUAGCAGCUGAAGCUGCAGCUGUUGGCUAUAAGGAUCCUCACACUGGAAAAUCUCUAUCAGUGUUUGAGGCGAUGAAGAAGGCAUUAAUUGACAAAAAGACAGGAGUGCGUUUGUUGCAGGCCCAGGAAUCUGCAGGGGGUAUUCUUGAUCCAAAUCUCAGUGUUUUCCUGCCAAAAGACACAGCCAAGAUGCGCAACCUUUUGGAUGAAGAGCUCUGUCGUGCCCUUAACCUGAACCCCAAGCAUUACAUUGAUCCAGACACAGAGCGGGAUGCUACUUACAAUGAUUUAAAGACAAAAUGUAAAACAGAGCCACAAACCGGUCUGCUGCUUCUGCCACUUACUGAGAGAAAAGAUCCCUCCAAACUGAUGUUUGAUGGCGUUCGCAAGCCAGUCUCUGCACAGCAAUUAUUAGAAUGUGGUGUCCUUGACAAACCAACAUUUAACAAGUUGAUCAAAGGGGAGAAAACUGUCCCAGAAGUUUCUGUAGAUAAAAAGAUAUCUCUAAAAGGAACAGGACCCAUUGCUGGUGUCAUGGUUGGAUCUUCAGAAAAAAUGUCCCUUUCUGAGGCAAAGAAACGGAUGCUACUGCCCCCAGAGAGUGCAGAUUUGCUUCUGGAAGCCCAGGCUGCCACAGGUCACAUCAUUGACCCAAUGACCAAUCAGAAAUUGACAGUAGAAGAGGCUUGUGCAAGGGGAGUGGUGGACACAAGCGAUAAAGACAAACUCUUAGCAGCUGAAGCUGCAGCUGUUGGCUAUAAGGAUCCUCACACUGGAAAAUCUCUGUCAGUGUUUGAGGCGAUGAAGAAGGCAUUAAUUGACAAAAAGACAGGAGUGCGUUUGUUGCAGGCCCAGGAGUCUGCAGGGGGUAUUCUUGAUCCAAAUCUAAGUGUUUUCCUGCCAAAAGAGACAGCCAAGACGCGCAACCUUUUGGAUGAAGAGCUCUGUCAUGCCCUUAACCUGAAUCCAAAGCAAUACAUUGAUCCAGAUACAGAGCGGGAUGCUACUUACAGUGAUUUAAAGACAAAAUGUAAAACAGAGCCACAAACUAAUCUGCUGCUUCUGCCACUUACUGAGAGUAAAGAUCCCUCCAAACUGAUGUUUGAUGGCGUUCGCAAGCCAGUCUCUGCACAGCAAUUAUUAGAAUGUGGUGUCCUUGACAAACCAACAUUUAACAAGUUGAUCAAAGGGGAGAAAACUGUCGCAGAAGUUUCUGUAGAUAAAAAGAUAUCUCUAAAAGGAACAGGACCCAUUGCUGGUGUCAAAGUUGGAUCUUCAGAAAAAAUGUCCAUUUCUGAGGCAAAGAAACGGAUGCUACUGCCCCCAGAGAGUGCAGAUUUGCUUCUGGAAGCCCAGGCUGCCACAGGUCACAUCAUUGACCCAAUAACCAAUCAGAAAUUGACAGUAGAAGAGGCUUGUGCAAGGGGAGUGGUGGACCGAAGUAUUCGAGAUAAACUCUUAGCAGCAGAAUCUGCAUCUGUUGGAUUCAAGGAUCCUCACACAGGAAAAUCUCUAUCAGUGUUUGAGGCGAUGAAGAAGGCAUUAAUUGACAAAAAGACAGGAUUGCGUUUGUUGCAGGCCCAGGAAUCUGCAGGGGGCAUCCUUGAUCCAAAUCUCAGUGUUUUCCUGUCAAAAGAAACUGCUGUGAAAUGCAGCCUUUUGGAUCAAGACCUUGUUCAUGCACUCACACAGAACCCUCAAUGUUAUAUUGACCCAGAUACAGAGCAUAGUGUUAGCUACGGUGCUUUAAAGAAAAAAUGCCUAAUAGAACCUCGAACUGGACUGGUGCUUAUUUCUCUUGCUGAGAAGAAAGAUCCCUCCAAGCUGUUGUUUGAUGGUAUUCGCAAGCCAGUCUCUGCGCAGCAAUUAUUGGAAUGUGGUGUCCUUGACAAACCAACAUUUGAGAAGCUGAUCAAAGGGGAGAAAACUGUUCCAGAGGUUUCUGUAGACAAAAAAGUAUUUCUAAAAGGAACAGGAUCCAUUGCUGGUGUUACAGUUAGGUGUUUCGGAAAAAUGUCAAUUUCAGAUGCCAAGAAAAAGAUGCUGAUGCCCCCAAAGAGUGCAAAUUUUCUUCUGGAGGCCCAGGCUGCCACAGGUCACAUCACUGACAUAAAAUCCAAUCGGAGAUUGACAGUAGAAGAGGCUUGUGCAAGGGGAGUGGUAGAAAGAAGUGAUAGAGAUAAACUCUUAGCAGCAGAAGCUGCUGCUGUUGGCUAUAAGGAUCCUCACACAGGACAAUCUCUAUCUGUCUGUGAGGCAAUAAAGAAGGGAUUAACUGACAAAGAGACUGGGGUUCGAUUACUGCAGGCCCAGGAAUCUGCAGGGGGAAUUCUUGAUCCGAAUCUCAGUAUUUUCCUCCCAAGAGAAACUGCUCUGAAGCGUAACCUUUUGGAUGAAGACCUAGUUCAUGCACUUAAACAGAACCCUGAGUGCUACAUUGACCCUGAAACAGAGUGUGGUGCAAGCUAUGGGUCUUUAAAGAAAAAAUGCACAAUAGAGUCUCAAACUGGUCUGAUGCUUCUGCCAUUUGCUGAGAAGAAAGAUCCCACCAAACUGCUGUUUGAUGGCUUACGCAAGCCAGUCUCUGCACAGCAAUUAUUGGAAUGUGGCGUUCUUGACAAACCAACAUUUGAGAAGUUGAUCAAAGGGGAGAAAACUGUCUCAGAGGUUUCUGUAGACAAAAAACUAUUUCUAAAAGGAACAGAGUCUAUUGCUGGUGUCACAGUCGGAUCUUUAGGGAAAAUGUCCAUUUCAGAGGCCAAGAAAAAGAUGCUAAUGCCUCCAGAAAGUGCAGAUUUGUUGCUGGAAGCCCAGGCUGCCACAGGUCACAUCAUUGACCCAAUAACCAAUCAGAAAUUGACAGUAGAAGAAGCUUGUUCAAGGGGAGUGGUGGACAGAAGUAUUCGAGAUAAACUCUUAGCAGCAGAAUCUGCUGCUGUUGGAUUCAAGGAUCCUCACACAGGAAAAUCUCUAUCAGCAUUUGAGGCAAUGAAGAAGGCAAUAAUUGACAAAAAGACAGGAGUACGUUUGCUGCAGGCCCAGGAAUCUGCCGGGGGCAUUCUUGAUCCAAAUCUCAGUAUUUUCCUCCCUACUGAAACUGCUCUGAAACGCAACCUUUUGGAUCAAGACCUUGUUCAUGCACUUAAACAGAAUCCUGAAUGUUACAUUGACCCAGAAACAGAGCGUGGUGCAAGCUAUGGGUCUUUAAAGAAAAAAUCCCCAAUUGAGCCUCGAACUGGUCUGAUGCUUCUUUCUCUUGCUGAGAAGAAAGAUCCCUCCAAACUGAUGUUUGAUGGCUUACGCAAGCCAGUCUCAGCACAGCAGUUGUUGGAUUGUGGUGUUCUUGACCAAACAACAUUUAACAUGUUGAUCAAAGGAGAGAAAACUAUCCCAGAGGUAUCUGCAUAUAAGAAGGUUAAUCUUAAAGGGACUGGUUCCAUUGCUGGUGUAAGUAGUAGCAGUCAAGGCAACAUUUCUUUUUCAGAAGCUAAGAAACUGAAGAUCAUAUCAGAAGACAGUGCAAAUUUACUCUUAGAGGCCCAGGCUGCCACAGGUCACAUCAUUGACCCUAAAACACAGCAGAAAUUGACUGUAGAGGUGGCAUGUAUCAGAGGAGUGGUGGAUUUUAAAGACCAAAGUAGGUUGUUAGCAGCUGAAAGUGCUGCCAUUGGUUUUAAAGAUCCUAGUUCAGGAAAGUUAAUGUCAUUGUUUGAGGCCAUGAAAAAAGGUUUGAUUGGUGAGACAACUGGCCUACAUCUUUUACAGGCCCAAGAUUCAGUUGGAGGAAUUUUAGACCCCAAUCUUAGUGUAUUUCUACCUAAAGAUGUAGCUUUAAAGCGAAACUUGUUAGAUGAAAAUCUCAUUCAUGCUCUUAAACAGAAUCCUCCUUGUUAUCUAGACCCAGAAACUGAACACAAUGUCAGCUAUGGGGCUCUGAAGGCAAAAUGUAACACAAACACUCACACUGGUUUACAUAUUUUGCCAGUGUCAGGGAAGCUUGACCCCUCCAAAUUAUUUUUUGAUGGUAUACACAAGACAGUCACAGCACAGCAGCUCCUAGAUUGUGGAGUUCUGGACACACAAACAUUUGACCAACUAAUGAAAGGAAAGAGAACUGUUUCAGAGGUUUCUGUAGAUAUUAAAAUGUUUUUAAAAGGGACAGGAUUAAUUGCUGGUGUAGCUGCUGGGCCUCUUGGAAAAAUGUCCUUCACAGAAGCAAAAAAACAGAAAAUCAUAUCAUCUGAGAGUGCUAACAAACUUCUUCUUGCCCAGGCAGCUACAGGUCACAUCAUUGACCCCAGGACAAAUAAGAAAUAUACAGUAAAAGAAGCAUGUGCCAGAGAACUAGUAGACAAAGAAGAUGAAACAAUAUUGUUUUCAGCUGAAACUGCUGCUAUUGGGUAUCAAGAUCCAGAUACUGCCAAAUUUCUGUCAGCUGGCCAAGCCAUGAGAAAGGGAGUAAUUAACAAAGACACUGCACUACAACUCCUUCAGGCUCAGGACUCUGUUGGUGGAAUUUUGGACCCUAAUGUCAGUGUUUUCCUACCCAAAGACAUUGCAAUGAAACAAGGUCUUAUUGAUGAGGAUCUCUAUCAGGCACUGACUAAGUCUCCCAAGUGCUAUCUAGACCCAGAUACUCAACAACCAACUACAUAUGCAUCACUGAAGACAAAAUGCAAAUCUGAUCCCAGCACUGGACUUUUGCUUCUCCCUAAACCUAAACAGUCAACUAUAAGGGGACUUCGACACGAGGUGUCUGUCAUAGACCUGAUUGAUGCAAAGUUGCUAAGCAAAUCAGAUGUGGACCAGCUGAACGCAGGUAAACUUACAACCCAAGACAUUGAGGAUCGCCUUAGGUCAUACUUGGGAGGUUCCACUUGCAUAGCAGGAGUUUAUGAUGAAGCCAGUAAUAAAGUCCUAUCAAUCUAUCAAGCUAUGAAGAAUGGACUUCUGCGACCUGGCACUACUCUAGAACUACUUGAAGCCCAAGCUGCAUCAGGUUUUAUGAUUGAUCCUGUCAAUAAUCUCUUUCUGACUGUUGCUGAAGCCUACAAUAGAAGGCUUUUUGGGCCAGAAUUUAAGGAAAAACUGCUUGCAGCAGAAAAGGCUGUUACCGGUUACAAAAUGCCUGUAACAGGUGAGAUAAUCUCACUCUUUCAGGCCAUAGAAAAUUGUCUAGUGGAGAAGGGUCAUGGCAUUCGUUUGCUGGAGGCCCAGAUUGCCAGUGGAGGCAUCAUUGAUCCCCAACACAGCCACCGUAUUGAUGUGAAUGUUGCAUAUCAAAGAGGCUAUUUUAAUGAAGAAAUGAAUAAGAUCCUGACUGAUGAGAGUGAUGACACUAAAGGCUUCUUUGAUCCAAACACACAGGAAAACCUAACAUAUCUGGAACUUAAAAAACAUUGUAUCUCAGAUAAGAACACUGGGCUUAUUUUGUUGCCAAUCAUAGACAAGAAGAAGCAGGAGUCAAGCAAAAAGAACACAGUAAGAAAGAGGAGAGUGAUAAUUGUGGAUCCAGAGACUGAUAAAGAGAUGACAGUACGUGAAGCAUACAACAAAGGGUAUAUUGACUAUGACACCUACCUGGAGCUGUCAGAGCAGGAAUGUGAGUGGGAAGAGAUUACUAUCACUGCUCCAGAUGGCUCCAUACGGCUUGUUAUCAAUGACAGGUCAACUGGAAGACAAUAUGACAUCACUGACCUGCUAGAAAAGCGAGUCAUUGAUCAGUCUGUCGUGGAGCAAUAUCGCUCACAAGCUAUCACCAUCACUCAAUUUGCAGAUAUCAUCAGUAAUCAGGCUACACACAAAUCAUCUUCAUCAUUAUCAUCAUCAUCUGUAUCAUCAUCAAACUUAAUCCCAGAACCAUCAGGAAGAUCAUUAGUUACAUCAUCAUCAUUGUCAUCAAUGCUAUCCACUUCAGGAACUUCAGCUUCUUUAAGCUCAUCUUCAGUAACAUCAUCAACCUCAAAAACAUCAGUAGUCCCUGUUCCAUCGAUUACGUCAUCUUCCUCAUCUUCUUCUUCAUCAACUGUUGUAUCGAGACCGUUAUCUCCUACAUUCACCAAAACAACUACAACAAAGACUACCACAAUCAUAGAGAAACGCUCAUCAUCCAGCAUUGUCGCUGAAAAAUGUUCAGACUCCCUGAAGCAGGAAUCCCAUGUAUCGAUCACUCUGUCCCCUCCUCUUGAACCAGUUGGUGAGGUGGAGCCUGUAGGAGCCGUUUUUGACACAGAGGCAGUAGAGAAGGUUUCUAUCACAGAGGCUUUAAAUCGGGGUCUAGUAGAUUCUAUCACAGCCCAGAGAUUGCUUGAGGCCCAAGCUUGCACUGGAGGAAUUGUGAAUCCCACAGAUGGCAAGAGGGUUAGCAUACAAGAGGCUUCCCAAAUGGGUUUAAUAGCUAAUGACAUGGUCACUAAACUAAAACCCGCCCAGAAAGCCUAUUUUGGUUUUGAGGAUAUAAAAACCAAAAGGAAGCUAUCAGCUGCUCUGGCCAUAAAGGAAAUGUGGCUACCAUAUGAGGCAGGGCAGAGAUUUCUGGAGUUCCAGGUUGCAACAGGGGGGCUUUAUGACCCAGAAAAGGGCUGUAGAAGAAGCAUUGAGGAUGCUUUGAAAAUGGGUUGGCUGGAUCUAAGAGCGGCACAAAAGCUCCAAGAUGUCAAAAACCAUACAAAAAAUUUGACAUGUCCCAAAAGCAAACUUAGAAUUUCUUACAAAGAAGUCCUUGAUAACUGUCUAGUUGAAGAGGGUACUGGGGUGAAAAUGCUUCAGGCAUCAUCUGUAUCUUCUAGAGGUAUCAGCAGUCCAUACAAUGUUGCUUCAGCCCCAGGAUCCAAGACGGGAUCCAGAAGUGGUUCACAAAGGGGCUCCCGCAGAAGCAGUUUGGAUAUGGGUUCAUCAUUAACACAAUAUAAUUUUACUAGCUUUACCAGCUUUUCCUCUACCAGAUAAAUCCAUAAAAUGCAAAGGCCUUUACAUUCAUCCACUUUUCUUGCAAAUUAAGUAAUCGUUUUUACAAUAUUGUCAGUGUGUGGGAAUAUUUUCUCUCUGUGCAGUAGAAAUGUUUUUAGUUCUUUUUUUGCAUUUGGUUUUACUUUGCCUUUGGAGCUUCAAGUAAAAGAUAUGAAGAACACACAUGGACAGAUUUAUGACAAUCAACAAAAGUAUUAACAGCCACAUUAAGGUAUUUGGAGAGGAAAUAAAUGUGAUAUGGUGAUUAUUGGUGACCUUAAAAUAAUUUUUAAAAUUAUUGUCAUAUUUGUUUUUGCAUGCUCUGUUUCAAAAAUGUUAUUUUCCAAAGUUUCAUGGAAUAUGGCUAUCCUCUCAAUUUGAAAUAUUACUAUAUUCAGCUUUUGUUUCAUGAAUCAUCAAAAUAUGAUCUAUGUUUGUUUUAUGGGGUAUAUGUUUGUUGACAUUACUGGUUUAAUGGUUUUGUUUUACUGAGCAAUUUUUUAAAUGAUUCUGUUUUCUGAAUAGCACUAUAUGUACUGUUUAAUUUGUUACCAUCAUUUAUUAAAGAAGAGUUUGUACUCUUGUGGAUUUGAAA